AUGCUCGCCAUCGCUGGCACGUGUGCCAUCCCUUCUGCCCAUCUCCGAGCCCGCCGUCCUCGCCGCCGGAGGCUUCCGCCGUCGGCGAAGAAGCCGGACCUCCCCGAGGCGGCGCCGCCGGCGAAGAACUUCAUCUCCCGCUUGGUACCAUCCAAAUCCCUCCUCGCCAGAGCCUCCGUCACCGUCUUCGCUCUAGGCUUCGUCGAUGCCGGGUAAUCCCCCAGCUCUCUCUCUCUAUCUCUACGUCGUAUUGGGUUCCAUUCUUCUGGCUCCCUCACGGUUUACUGUCUCCGGGGAGGUGGUCAGGUACAGUGGGGACUGGUCGCGGAUCGGGGCCGUGUCGAGGGAGACGGAGGAGGUGCUGAAGGCUGCGGCCUACGUGGUGGUGCCGCUCUGCGUCUUCCUCAUCAUCUCCCUCUCCAGCGACAGGGGAGCCUCCGACGGGGAUUGA